AUGGACCCAACCGCCGAGAGGCCGGCCCAGGAGGGCAAGCAAGACACCCAAAAGCCUGAGGAUGCCCUACGAGCUGGAAUAAUGGACGCAGUCGGAAUUCACGAUGGUACUAGGGUUGUCAUCGAGGAAUUCGCCACUUGGAAAGAAGAGAUCCCAAUUGCGUUGUACCUGUCAUCGGAGGCCUUGCGCAAGGAUCCUAGGAAUUGCGCUAUACCGAUACUGGACGUCUUACUCCUCCCAGACACUGAUGAAAUUGCCUUGAUGGUCAUGCCUAUGCUUCUUGGCUUUGACGAACUCCCGUUCCGACGUGCAGGAGAAGUUGCCGAAAUGUUUCAGCAAUGGCUGAAGGGCAGCGAGCUUAUGCAUGAACAUAACAUUGCAUAUCGGUGUGAUACUUUUACUUCCUCAAACCUCCCAUUUGCUCAUGCCCUUCCUAGUGAUGCAUGUUGGUUCAAUCCCAUAAUGGAAACCUCUCGGGUGAUACCAGCUGGUUUUCAUUUUGGGGACUGGCGAACUGUUGACGGCGUCCGCCCAAUCAUUUGGCGCGAUCGCUGGUCGGUCAGACCGGUUAAGUAUUUUUUCAUCGACUUUGAUUUAUCCCUUCGCUAUUCCUCCAAGAAUAAUUGCCACGAGAUCGGGCAAAUUGGCCAGGAUCGUUUAGUGCCCGAAAUGUCGACCCCUGAAAUUCCAUAUGAUCCUUUCAAGGCUGAUAUCUACCAGCUAGGGAAAGUUAUCCUCAAAAUAAUUUCUGAAUAUGAGGGCCUUGAGCUGUUUAAUGUCAUUGGGGAAACCAUGAGUAAGGCCAACCCGGAUGAGAGGCCCCUUGCAUCUGAGGCUUCCGAGCAACUAGCAACUCUCAUCCUCAGUCUGACUCCAUUAACUUUGAGACGCAGGGUCUGGAAGAUUGGUGAUUUGAAGCUUGGUUCUGUUGAUCGCUUUUUUGUCAAAUAUUUUGGUGCAAGACGGUUUUUUUAA